AUGGGCUGUCUGACAACCGUCCGCCUGGAUGGAGAAGACUUGCGCGUGACUGUGGCCGUCCAGCCAGAACCCGCACUGUUCCACACGCUCGUACAGGCGGUCCAGGAGCCUACGUUGCGCAUGAUCACGGUCAUCACGCCGGUCGACGGUGACGACGACUACGCAGCCACGGCAAAGCAGCGCGGCGCAAAGUUUGCCGGCGACGGCGGCAAGAUCAUGACGGCGCGGCUCUCUUGCGACGCGUCAGAAAAGGUCGGACCAGAAGACAAGCUCGCCGCCGUAGACCCGGCCCUCGUCGCCCUCGUCGAGGUGCGCAACGGCUGCUGCACCGUGCAGGUCAUGGCAGGCGACAAGUGGCGUCGACGGGCAAGGCCACGAUCAAAGACGGCAUGGCGACUUUUGACGGCAUCUUCACGCAGCCGGACUUCCAGCGCCGUGGCCUGGCGACGUGCGCGAUGGCGUUUCUCGGGAAGCUGGGAUGAACUGCGAUCUACAACGUGA